GCUGCGGUCAUGAGGCGGACUGAAGGAGUCUGGAGUCAAAUUCCUGAACACGUAGGAGCCUCCUCACGUUGCUCCAGCACGACGACGACGCACGGCGCAGGGGCGCAGCGAGUAACGGAUUACUGAUCAACCGAUCAACUCAUCGAUGAGGCACGGAUUUAUUUGGCUCCAACUUUACGCUCAACUAACGGAUGUUUUCCUCCGCGUUUUUUGAAACAGGAGAAAUGACAUGACAACCAUCUUUUCCCUCCAGACCGCCUGUUCAGCUGAAGCCGCCGGUUCACCACAGAUGAGAAGAGUCUGAAACAAAGUUCAACAGUUCCUUCAUCUGGACAUGUUGUGAACAAAGGGCCGCGCGUAAAAAGCCGGUUUUACGCGUUGUUCUCAAGCGCAUGAGAAAAAUAACAAAUCUGGAUCCACUUUUCCACAGCGGAAAUGAGCUCAAGAGCCGCAGCCUGGAUCCACUUCUGCUAAACAUGGUCGCUGUGACUCCGCGUAGAACCGGGAUCUGACACCGACUUCUGGCUACAAUAAGUUUUAUAUCUCGAUGGGAAGAUGUUCGCUGGACUGAUGGGGCUGGACUGUCGCAACAACUCUCCGCUUCACCACUGCGAAGUCACAGAAGGUGGCAGAGCAUCAGGUGCGGCUGGCAGCUCCGGCCGUAAGAGGCUCCACAGAAGACCGGGGUACAUGAGAGGAGAGCAGUCCAGACUACAGAGCAUGCCUCAUGGUCAGGAGGAGGAGGAGGAGGAGGAGGAAGGGACGACCACUGGCUUAAGGAAGGGGAAAUCUGGGCGUCACACUGACUUCCCUGAAGCCACCUGCACUCAGAGGAUGAGUCUAACACCUGCUGUCAAAGUGUCCUUAAUAAAUCAGCAGCAGCCUGAUAAACUCACAUGUAGCUCCAGGAAGAGUAAGAGCGUUAUCUGCUCUGUAACCCAUCCUCUGCCUCAUGAGGUCUGCACUGCCGUCAGCGGUACAUCCAGCCAUCAGGGUCUGUCCCCACUGCCGCAAAGGGAUCUCAGGUUAAGAUCAACCCCGGCACCACAGUCCUCACCGUUGGACUCCUUUAACUCCAGCUUCAGUUUCAUCCAACAGUCGCUCAACUCCAGCCAGAGAACGGACACAACCACUGCUGCACCAGCCCGGGAACCACAACCACUCAAUCAGUCAACUAAAGCACCUCGUUCACCUCAAACAAAACCAGAAAGCUUCCCUGCUUAUGUCUCCAAGCACUCCACCACUGGCCAAUCACCACCCUCCUCUGCUCCCGGCAGCCAGGCCGAGGGAGAGGAGCUAUCACUAGGUGGGAGGUUUUGGAGGGAAUGUAUGUGGGAUGGCAGGGAGGCUUCAUCCGACCUGCCUGACUGCGACUCCCAAUCUCUGGACAUAGAGCUCACCUCCUCGCUGUCUGUGGACUCGGACACAGCGUCCGCCUCCUCUGUGACCUCGGGCUAUGAGAGCGCCACGCCCGCCUCCGACCAAUGCUGGGACAACCUGGUGAAGAAGUACGAGGUCGUGCUGCAAGACUGCCUCCAAAACAACCGCACCCACACCAAGAUUGAGUCCAUGAUGUUGAAGCUGCAGAGACUCCAGCAGAAGGCUAUUUUGGAUGAUGACUAUGACGCAGCCGAGCGUUUUGGGAAAAAACUGGAGGAGCUGUGCAGUGAGCGAGGAGCUCUGCAACUGGGUUUACCCUCCAGACAAACCAGCGUGGCUCUGUUCCUUGAACGGCUCAGACAGGUGGUGCACAGCGCCCUCCAGAGGGCAGACUGCAGCCAGCGCAGAGAGGGAGGGGAUUUCAAAAAUAGCCCCUGUAACAGGAAGGGAAUCAGGUGGGGUCCCUCCAGAGGGUAUCCUGAACAAAUGGAGGGUGCAGAGCCGGACGGGGGGGAACGGUGUGACUCAUCCCAGGGUCCGCUGCUUCAAAGAGAUCGUCUGAUCCGAGAGAAACGGAUAGUGGAGGAGGAGAUGGCCGAGCUGCAACAGAGGCUGGCGCAGCUGAGGGACCGCAGUCGAUGUCUGGAGCAGCAGAUCCAGCAGGAGGAGCAGCAGGUGGAGGCUGAGGAGCUGGAGGGCUCCGUGCUGAGGGGCUGCACCGAGGCCCAGCUCCGCGACAUGAGCCGAACCCUGCAGGACCUCGUCACAUCCGAAAACCGCCUGCAGAUUUCCGUCUCCCUGCCACCUUCCACGCUAAGGCUGCAGGAGCAGGAGCAGGCAUUGAAUCUGUCCAUCAAGGAAGCCACUGCUAAAGUGGUCAUGAGUCAGAGGCUGGGAAGCAGCCUAAGGAGGAAAGUCAGUGAGACUGAAACACAGCUUUUGGCUCUGCAUGAAGCCAAACUGGCGGCCAUCUCAGGUAAUGACUUCAGCAGUGCCAAGGAGCUGAAGGCUGAGAUGAAGGCGGUGUACCAGGAGCGGGAUCGUCUGGAGGCCCUGACCAAGAGGCUGCACAGCCUCAGCUCGGGGAGCAGCCAGGAGCUGGCCAGGAUGAAGGAGCAGAGGCAGCAGCUCAGGCAGGAGCUGGAGCAGAGGGAGGCCCUGCACGAAAGCCGACUGAAAGAGAACACCACCAAGUAUAUUGAGCUGUUGGAGGACAGGCUGCACAGUUGUGGCUGUCCAGGUUUGGAGCGGAUCUGGGAAGCGGACCUGGAAGCGUGUCACCUGUUCCUGCGAGGCCUCCAGCUGCGGACCCCCAGCUGCAGUGGACCGGUGGACAUCGAAGACCUCCCCGCCGCCGCAGUUUAUCCUCCAGCCCAGCCGUGCACCAAAGAGGAAGAAGACUGCGCCAUGCUGACUGCUUUAGGGGGGCGCUGGUGUCCUGAGGCCAACUUGCAGAACUCAGAGUUCACCAAGAAACUGGAGGAGUUUCUGUUCUGCAUGGAGGAGAAUCACCCAGAGGACGGGUGCAGCGAGGCUGAGGCUGCAGACCUGACAGAGCGCUGCGAGCUGAUCAGUGACAGACUAAUGACCUUGGAAGAUGAAUUGCAGAUGGCCAUACUAAACCGGGAUCAGGCCCUCACCCAGUCCCUGGAUAAAGAAGUUCAGGAUGUGAAAGCCGCUCUGCAGACCAUGCUCGUGCAGCUCCAGGAGGAGGAAGAGGAAGGGAACGAGUUAACAGAUGAUGACCACAUGAAAAAUGGGAUUGAGGAGGAAGAAGAGGAAGAGGAGGAGGAGGAGGAGGUGGAGGAGGAGGAGGACCAGUACUUCAGUGACAGCUGGGACAUUUGAAAUGGAUGCCUGUAGUGUUUUAUGACCACUCACACACGGACCGGCUCUCUGAGACCCUGACCCCGGCUUUGCUGUGGAAGUGACCCCAUAUCCAUUAACUAUACAGCCUCCCUCAAAGCGCUUUACAACCAGCCUCUGUGGUACUACAGAAAGUUUCCGCUACAAAGUCUGUGUGACAUUUUAUCCACAAAUAAAAAAAAUAUGAAGGAUUUUUUUUAAAUAUAAAAACAAAAAAUAAGGCACUUUAUUGCAAAUUUUUGUCGUUCCUAGCCUAAAUAUGAAAGAGUUAUUUAAGCCACUGAGCUGAUAUGACGAUUAUUUCAAAGGGGUUACUGGAUCCAUGUUUUCAUUUCAUGUCUUCUUUGUGCAGAGAAUGUAAGUGUUUUUUUUCCUUCAGUUUAAUGUCAAAACUACGACAUAGUAUUAGGGCCAUUUAAGAAAAAAAUUAUUUACGAGAAUGAAGUCCUAAUAUUACGAGAAUAAAGUUGUGAUUUAGAGGAAACUCUUAAUAUUACAAGAGUAAAGUCGUAAUUUACGAGAGUAAAGUUGUAAUGUCAUGAGGUUUAUUGAGAGAUUUUCUGUUUUUUCUGACACAGGUAAAAGUUAUUUAUGUAAAGUGCUAAAGCAUAUAGUGUUACAGUAGUGCAUAAAGAGAAAACCAUACAGUCAGUGCGUGGACUCAGUAGUGUCAGUUACACACUAUCCAUUGUUUGCUAAUAUUAGCCAUCAUAAAUUACCUAAGGAAUUCUGUUUCACCAAACCCCCUGGGCUGAAUAGAUUGAUGAAUGGUGAGGUGCAUUUAUUAUGAACUUUUAAUUUAUAAAUUAUUUGAAAAAUAUAUUUCUUCUUCCAAAAUUCACAUAAUUUGAAAUUUCAUUCAAUUCAGUAUUUUAAACAAGAAAUCCAAACUAAGGCUGAAAUGACUGAUGUCACCCUGCAGCUACCAGUGAAUUGGACCAAAUAAUGGACAAUGUAAACCUUUUACAGGAAACAUUCUUGCACAUAAACUUUAUACUGCUAAUUUUUUUUACUUGUUUUUUGUAGAAUUUGACUUUAAGUACAUGUCAUUUUGUGCAUUAAAUAUCAUUUGUGGUGCUACAGAAUGUGAGCUAACUUGAACACUUUAUUUGUGUGUGUGUGUGUGGAAAAUGCAAUAUUUAGAUUUUUGUUUCCUCCCUGUCUUAAAGCAGUGUAUCAUUGGAUAGAUGCUCUGUACUUUAUAUCAGUCACAUUUGUGUCUUAUACAUUUAUACAUUAAAAGAUGAAGGAUGAAAUAUGAGUGGGCACAUAAAAUAAGGAUUUGCAACUGCUGUUUUUUUGUCAUUUUGUUUUCUUUUAUUCGAUGUCAGCACAGAAUACACUUGUUCAUUCCA